CACCACUAUCGGGCGAUCACGUCGUACUAGACGCACCAAAUCCAGUCGUCGCUUUCAAAGCAAGCAUGCCGAAAGCCUACAGCCACGCGAAAGAUCCCGUCGUCGACGUUGCUACUGAUCCGCCAAUAUCCUCCACUGAGUCCGAAGCAAGCUUUGUUACAGCUACCUUACUUCCAGACAUACGGACCAGCCCGCUACCUCUCCUGCUUUUCGGCCCAUCCACGUCCCUGAUAACUCCAUAUCGUCCUACCUCUAUUACCUCCUCCUCGACCAAGAUUCAGCGGCCAUGGCAGCAUCCCGAAAUGGAGGUCUGGCCGUCGAGCAAGCAUGCUAUACCGGAAACUCGACUCCAUCUCCGGCACCUCCGCGACCAAUCUCUCUCGACGGCUAUGGCAGCAUAGCGCAGACUAGGUAUCCCGAGAUGGAGUUUUAACUGUCAAGAAGUAUUCUAUACCGGAAACUUUACUACAGAAGCACCAACGGGCACCUAUCUUGCCGUCCUACCUCCAUUACCUCCCUCCUCCUCCUCGACUAAUCUACCUCCUCGACCAAUUUCCCUCCGCGGUUAUAGGGCGAUAU